UAUGCAUCAACAAUAACAUUUGUAACAAAUAUGUUGUAUUAAAAAAAAUUGUAAUAUAUAUAUUUGAUAGAGGUGAAGUAAUGUACGAGAGUAUUAAGAGAGAAAGAAGGAGAAAUAAAGUAUUUGUACUUAUUUCGAAUGAUAGAAGUUUCUAAGAAUUAUGUUAUUUUUAAUCGUGUAAUUACGUGAUUUUUCCAUAGGACACUAUUAUACACAUUCAUCAUAUAUACAUCGACCAGCCACCAUUAUACCACUUCAACACCCUAAUCAAAAUAAUAAUAUCUAAAAAAUGAAGAAGAUGUAAUUGAUCCACAAGUUGGUUACAUGGAACUUUUUUAUUUCGAUUUGUAGAUUAUAGACCAUAUUGUUUUAGUCGUUUUACCUAAUUGUUAGGCCCAAGGCAUAAGCAUUUUUUGACAAAACAAUACAAAUCACAUUAGUUUAGGUUGUAAUUUCAUUUUGGACACGCUAGUUUAACAAAUUAUCUUCUGUACCAUUUUUUGUUUCUCGAUGCAUAUAUAUAACGUGUUCAGAUAAUAUUGUAUACAUACGGGUCAAAUUAGAUAUAAUUCAUUUUCGAUAUAUAGUAUUCAUAUUUGAUUCGCAUGUAUCUGAGAUACACUCACUCUCACACUCGCCUCUCUCCCUAAGUAUUUUUCUUUUCAGAAUGUAUUUGAGUUUUGUAAAUUUUGUGUAUUUGUGUAUGAGUAUCAAUUUUAUAUAUCUGGUGUAUUGGACUUAAUAUUUUACGGUGAUUAUACUUGUUAUUAUAUCAAAAUUGUGUUUAAUAAUCACCUUAAUGCACAUGUGAAGAAAAAAAAAUCCUAGGCGUAUAUUUUAUUUUAUUUUUAUUUUCCUAUUAGAGAUUCUAGUUUUCAAUUAGUACCCAAAAUUAUAGGAAAUAUUCCCCCAAUAACUCUUUUUAUUUCCUAUUUAGGAAAAACAAUUCCUUAUUAUUACUAAUAUAAUAAUAGUUUCCAAAUUUGUAACCCAAUUCCUUCCUAAAACAACAAUUUAAAACGAGUAAAUAAAAUAUUCUCCGAUUCUUUGUCAAAAUGAAAUCUUCGAUUUACACGUUAUUACUAUUAUUUUUUACCUGUUAUAUACUCUCUAUAAAUUAUAAAUUUUACCAAGCCAUAAUAAUUAACCUUUUCCUCCCACCAUGAAUAUCAAUAACAAUACCAACGCCGCCGUCAACUCCGCCGCCGUCGCCGUCAAGAAAACUCAAGGGCGGAGGAAAAUAGCAAUUAAACCAAUAGCAAAUCAAAACAGUAGGCAUGUUACCUUUAGCAAACGCCGUUUAGGUCUCUUCAAAAAAGCUAGUGAACUUUGCAUUUUAACCGGUGCUGAAAUCGCUAUUUUGGUUCAGUCGCUAAAACGACAGCGUUUGUUCACUUUUGGUCAUCCGAGCGCCGACGCCGUCAUUAACCGGUACCUCACCGGAAAAUCAGAGGAACAAAAACCCGCGGGCGAUGAUCAGUUGAACUAUGUGCAACAGAGCAAUGAAUAUUAUUCUCAGAUCUGUAGAGAAUUGGAGUUGGAGAAGAAGGUAAAGGAGGAGAUUUUUAUUGAUGAAUCGAAGAUGGUGAAUGGUGGUAGUAGUAAUAACGGAGGAGGAGGAUUUUGGUGGAAUGAAUCGAUUGAUGAAAUGGGAAUUGAAGAACUUGAGAAAUUUAUGUUUGCAUUGGAAGAAUUGAAGAAGAAAGUAAAUAUGAGAUGUGAUGAAUUGAGUAUGAUAAAUGGUUCUUCUUCAAUGGCGGCGGCGGCGGCGUCUACUUCAAGUAUGAAUCAAGCUAUUGAUUAUUGUGCUUCCGUUGUUCCUUUUGAUUUCAAUUACCCAGGAAAUGCCCAAUUUUGAAGCAUUUAUUGAACUGCUUAGAUUUAAAUCACUGAUUAGUUAUUAAUUAAUCAAACAAUUAACAUGUCCUCGUCUAUCUUUAUUAUUGCUAAUUGUAAUAAAACUGAGUAGUAUUGAUUCUUGCAUUAACAUCUUCUUGAGUU